UUUUUUUACUCCAUCUCCUUCCAGAGGAGAAAGCCAGCAAAAGAGGAUCCUUCACAAGAAUAGCAGUAAGGGUAGCAGUAACAAGAUGUUGCGAUUUUCAGUGUUCCUGUUCCUUGCUGUCUUAAUGCCUAGCACUGGAAAGAGACAAACAUGUUUGAGAGGGGCUGGUCACAAGCCAAUGCCUACCAGAGAGAAAUACUUGCAGGAAUGUACCAUAUAUGCCAAAUCCGCCUGUUGCUAUGCAGACAUUACCAAAGAACUGGCUCAUUCACCAGUUGUUAAAAUACAUACUACCUUCUGGAACAGAUGUGGAAAUCUUAGCUCAAUGUGUGAAGCUUACAUGAAGAAAAUAGAGUGUUUUUAUAGGUGUUCACCAUAUGCAGUUAAGUGGGCUAAUCCCAAACGUGCAGCUGCUAUUUCUUCGGUUCCCAUAUGCGAAAGAUUCUGUGAUGACUGGUAUGAAGCUUGUAAAAGUGAUCAAACUUGUGUCAGCAAUUGGUUGACUGAUUGGGAAACUGAUGAAAAAGGAGAAAAUCACUGUAAGAAUGAAUGCAUCCCAAUCAGUGAGAUGUAUGCCAGUGGAACUGACAUGUGUGAGAAAAUGUGGGGUGAUUCACUGAAGGUAAGUCACUCCUCCUGCCUCUGCCUCAACAUGGAUGAAACGGAUCCCGAGGCAAUCAUGCUCAUUCAGGGUAGAGCCUGCAGCAGCAGCAGCAGCAGCAGCAGCAGCAGCAGCAGCAGCCGUAGUAGCAGCAUCAACGAUGAUGAAGAAAGAUUCUGUCGGUACAGGUUGCAAAAGAGAAGAGAGCUUCAGGAUUAGGAUAAAGACCUGGAAAAAUAGUGAGCAUUCCAGUUUGGUGACGUAUGAAUUGUAUGAGUCUUCAUCUGACAAAUAUCCUACCUGAAGACCACCAGAAAUCAGGCAUUAUGUGGUUUCAGCAUACGUUUGCUCAGCAGAUUGCUGAUUUCCGAUUUUCUACUAACAAUCAAUCAAUAAAUAAUGACCAAACAUCCAACACUUCAUCACUGGUCACUUUUAUACUGAUGUUAUUGCUUAAAUCUGUCCAUAAAUU